AAUCAAACAAGAUCACACAUGACUAUUUUCAGACUUACACAUUGAGAGAAUUUGAUGAGUCAAAGUACUUUGAUGAACAGUUCCAAAAGUCAAAAUUGGACAAAAAGAGUAGGAGGGAGGUAGUAAUUUUGAAGCAAUCGCACUGUUUAUCCUCUCGCUGGUCAAACCGUCAAACUCAGUAACUCACAAGCUCGAACCAUUCACCACCACAAAUGGCGUCGUCCCCGCCGCCAACCCCCGCCGUCCCUCUUCGUCCAUGGCUGCAAUUCGCGGACUCCACAGCUUUAAGCCUCCCUAUCUCCGUCUCCGACGCUACCUAUCGGAUCAACCAAAACCUUAGGUACUUCGUCGGGAAUUACGUCCUUCUCAUGUUCUUCGUCAUCCUCGUCAGCCUCAUCUCCCGCCCUCUCACUCUCAUCGUCUUCCUCGUCAUAUCCGCGUCGUGGAUCUACCUGUAUCUGUCCCGAUCGGAGCCGCUGGAGCUAUUCGGCUUCGACAUUGACGACCGCAUCAUCUUAGGGUUUCUCAGUUUGAUCACUCUGAUCGCCUUGUUCGCCGCCAGGGUUUGGAGUAAUCUCUUGAUUUCAGUUUCCAUCGGAGUUGUUUUAGCUAUUGUUCAUGCCGCGUUUAGGGCUCCAGAAGAUCAAGAGGCUUCUCCUUACGAAGGGUUGCUCAAUGUCGUCGAUAGCCCCAGAGGUAAUUACACUAGGGUAUGAACUUCAUGUCUUUGGAUUAAAGCUCAGUACAUGGUUUCAAUUGGGAUAGCUUUAGGCAUCAAAUGCAAAUGUUCUUAAUCCAAAAUUGAUAUAAAAAAAAAUUGUGUUUAUCAUUGUUUCCCCCAAAAACUUGAAAUGAUGAUCAUGAUAUUUUGAAUGUUCCUCAUGAAUUUCUGCUGGGAACCUGCUAAUUUCUUGG